CAGCGAUUCAGUUGCCCGACGACCGCUGAGCAAUUAACACGCAGUUCUAGUUUAGCGUUCUCGAGACUCUACCCCCCUUUUUUAUCCGGAAUAUAAAGAUCAGACCAAAAUGCUGCGCGUUUUGAAGACCGGCGCCUUGCUGCGGGCACAGACCAAGAAUUUCGCAGCUGCUGUUGCGAACUAUUCCGCCCUCCCACAACCCCAAACCACGCCCGAAGUCCUCUACACCGGGCUGUUUAUCAACAACGAGUGGCACAAGAGCAAGUCGGGCAAAACCUUUGCCACCAUCAACCCAACCACAGAGCAGACCAUCGCCGAAAUCCAGGGUGGCGAUAAGGAGGAUAUCGAUAUUGCCGUGAAGGCUGCCCGCAGUGCAUUCAAGUUGGGAUCCCCAUGGCGUCGUAUGGAUGCCUCGGAGCGCGGUCGUCUAAUCUACCGCCUGGCUGAUCUCAUGGAGCGCGAUCAGGUCUACCUGGCCAGCUUGGAAACCCUGGACAAUGGCAAGCCCUACAGCAUGUCCUACAACGUGGAUCUGCCCACUGCCAUUAAGAACCUGCGCUACUUUGCUGGCUGGGCGGACAAGAACCACGGCAAGACCAUUCCCAUGGACGGGGAGUUCUUCACGUACACCCGUCACGAGCCCGUGGGCGUGUGCGGUCAGAUCAUCCCCUGGAACUUCCCCAUCCUGAUGAUGGCCUGGAAACUGGGUCCCGCUCUGGCCACCGGCAACACAAUUGUGCUGAAGCCGGCGGAGCAGACCAGUCUGACUGCCCUGUACAUUGCCCAGCUGGUGAAGGAGGCCGGCUUCCCGGAGGGCGUGGUCAAUGUGGUGCCCGGCUUCGGAGGAGCUGGCGCCGCUCUGGCCAAUCACAGUGACGUGGACAAGGUGGCCUUCACCGGAUCCACCGAUGUGGGCAAGCUCAUCCAGCUGGCCUCGGGCAACACGAACCUGAAGCGCGUGACCCUGGAGUUGGGCGGCAAGUCGCCCAACAUUAUCCUGGCCGAUUCCGAUCUGGACUACGCCGUGGAGACGGCUCACUUUGGCCUCUUCUUCAACAUGGGCCAGUGCUGCUGCGCUGGAUCCCGCACCUUUGUGGAGGACAAGAUCUACGAUGAGUUCGUGGAGCGCAGCGCGGAGCGGGCCAAGAAGCGCACCGUGGGCAAUCCCUUCGACCUGAACACCGAGCAGGGUCCCCAGGUGAACGAGGAGCAGAUGGAGAAGAUCCUGGGCCUGAUCCAGACGGGCAAGCAGCAGGGCGCGAAGCUGGUCGCCGGCGGCAGUCGUCCCGAGGGUCUGCCCGGCUACUUUGUCCAGCCCACGGUGUUUGCCGAUGUCCAGGACAACAUGACCAUUGCCAAGGAGGAGAUCUUCGGACCCGUUCAGCAGUUGAUUCGCUUCAAGAAGCUCGACGAGGUCAUCGAGCGGGCCAACAACUCGGAUUACGGCCUGGCCGCUGCCGUUUUCACCAAGGAUCUGGACAAGGCCAACUACAUUGUGGGCGGUCUGCGGGCCGGAACCGUGUGGGUGAACACCUACAACGCCCUCGCCGCCCAGGCUCCCUUCGGUGGCUACAAGAUGUCCGGCCAUGGACGCGAGAACGGCGAGUACGCCCUGUCCAACUACACGGAGGUCAAGAGCGUCAUCGUCAAGGUGCCCCAGAAGAACUCCUAAGAAGGAGGCUCUAUUUCCUCCAAGAGGGAACUUAAAAUGGUUCACCCCGUUUAUAUUUACUAAACUCGGGCGGUAAUCUGUUUGCGUUACAUCUACUUACGAUCUACAUCUCUAUAUGCACAUAAGUAUAGAUUCAUCUGUGGGAUAUUGCUUGUCUACGGCCAGUUUCUGUAUUCUUUCCAUUCGGUUAACUCAGUUUAAGUGUACAUCUCUAUUUUGAAAUAAAGUUCUUUGAGAAAUUUGUAGUUUUUAAAAA